GGCUCGGCUCGCUCCUGCCCGCCCCGUGGGUGUGUUCAUGGCAAAUGGGCCUCCGCAUCCACCUGCUAGCGCCCUGCCUCUCUCCACAGUCACAGGAGCUCCCAACUUUCCAGCGCAGCACGCGUCGCGCACUCUCGGACCGUAUCCAACACCGCGGGGACUUUUUGUUUUUCCUUUUUGCCUGUUUUUCUUUUCCACGUUUCCCACGAGAUGUUGACUGCGCUCGUGCGAGGAGAGCAUGUAUUCGCCUCGCGCUCUCGGACAAUGAUGAAUUAGAGAAACAUUUUAUUUUCUCUCUCUCUGACUGCUCACUGACAACUCCGGGGCCAACACGCGCGCGCUGUGUGCAGGUAUACAGACGGCCCCGCCACCGCACCCCUGAGCGGACCGCGGACUGCUUAAGAGCCGCGCAGGGAUUUUCUGUUAUUAUUGAUUUGAGCUUAGAGGGAAAGAGAGAGAGAGAGAGAGAUCGAUCUGUUGGGAUUGGCUUUUUCAGUGGCUUGCAGGGUUGGAUCUGAACUUGUAUUACGGAAAGCUGUGAGAUUAACAGAGAAAGGGUGUUGUUGAAGGUUUGUCUACCAUGAAGCUGGUUGAUAUGUGGACGGUGCUCGUCCUCCUGGCGCUGUCCAGCUUGACCUCGGGGAAUCAAAUCAGCAGCAAUGAAGUAGUUGCUGCACCCCGAGUCUUUAUCUCUUUUAAAGAGCUGAGGUCCACUGGUACGGCUCAUCACUUCACCUACCUGCUCAAUGCAUCCGACUACCGGAUCCUCCGUAUGGAUGAGGACCAUGACCGCAUGUACGUUGGCAGCAAGGACCACAUCCUGUCCCUAGACCUCCAUGACAUCAACAAGAGCCCACAUAUUAUCCACUGGCCAGUGUCUGAACGAAGGCGUACAGAAUGCCUUGUGAGCGGGAAGGAUGCCAGUGAUGAGUGUGCAAACUUUAUCUGCCUGAUUGAGCCAUGGAACCGAACUCAUCUGUACGUCUGCGGAACAGGAGCCUACAAUCCGGUCUGCACCUUCGUCAACCGUGGGCGUAAACCUCAGACAUCCAUGUAUCUGCAGAUGGCCCAGGCCAGGGGAAGGGCUAGCCGCGCGGCUGAACCCAGCGCGGUGCACGAGACAUUUGGACUGAAGGAAGAAAUGUUCCACUUGGAGCCUGGAAAAGUGGAAUCUGGGAAGGGGAAGUGCUCCUACGACCCGAAGCUCAACAGCGUGUCAGCUUUGAUUAAUGGAGAGCUCUAUGCCGGGGUCUACGUUGACUUCAUGGGAACAGACUCUGCAAUUUUUCGUACUUUGGGGACCAAAACUGCAAUGCGAACAGAUCAGUACAACUCCAGAUGGUUGAAUGAUCCCACCUUUAUUCACGUGCAUCUUAUCCCGGACAGCGCGGAGAGGAAUGAUGACAAGCUCUAUUUCUUCUUCAGGGAGAAGUCCUCCGAGAUGGGUCAGAGUCCCGUGACCCAGUCCCGCAUUGGACGCAUCUGCCUGAACGAUGAUGGAGGUCACUGCUGUCUGGUCAACAAGUGGAGCACCUUCCUGAAGGCCAGGCUCAUCUGCUCCGUUCCGGGGAAUGACGGCAUGGAAACACACUUCGAUGAGCUCAGAGAUGUUUAUAUCCAGCCAACACAAGACAUCAAAAAUCCCUUUAUCUAUGGAGUCUUUACCGUCUCUGGCUCUGUGUUCAAAGGCUCGGCCGUGUGCGUCUACUCCAUGGCUGACAUCCGGAUGGUCUUCAACGGACCUUUUGCCCACAAGGAAGGACCCAACUACCAGUGGGUGGCAUACGGUGGGAAGAUCCCUUACCCUCGCCCCGGCACGUGCCCUGGAGGUACGUUCACCCCCAGCAUGAAGUCCACAAAGGACUACCCAGACGAAGUGAUCAACUUCAUGAGGAAUCAUCCUGCCAUGCACAAUGCUGUCUACCCAGUACACAAGCGCCCCCUGGUGGUUAGAACCAACGUGGACUAUGAGUUCACCACCAUCUCAGUGGACCAGGUGACAGCUGCAGAUGGCAACUAUGAAGUGCUCUUCUUAGGGACUGACAAGGGAACAGUUCAGAAAGUCAUUGUGCUGCCUAGAGAUGACCUGCAGACUGAGGAGCUGGUCCUAGAGCAGGUUGAAGUUUUCAAGGUCCCCACUCCGAUAACAACGAUGAAAAUCUCAUCCAAAAGGCAACAGCUGUAUGUAUCUUCUGCGGUUGGGCUGACCCAGUUAGCUCUCCACCGGUGUGACGUGUACGGUGAGGCCUGUGCCGACUGCUGCCUGGCCAGAGAUCCUUACUGUGCCUGGGAUGGCAAGUCCUGCUCCCGGUACUCGGCCUCACAGAAGAGACGUAGCCGGAGGCAGGAUGUGAAGUAUGGGAACCCAAUCCGACAGUGCAGAGGCUUCAACUCCAACGCCAAUAAGAACACUCUGGAGAUGGUGCAGUACGGGGUGGAGGGAAGCAGCACCUUCCUGGAGUGCCAGGCCCGAUCUCCACAUGCUGUGAUCAAAUGGCACCUGCAGAGAGACAACAGUGACCGCAGGAAAGAGAUGCGUUCUGAUGGGCGGAUUUUGAAGACUGAACAAGGUCUGCUGUUGCGCUCACUCCAGCCAUCGGACUCCGGCAUGUACCAGUGCACAGCAACAGAGAAGAACUUCAAACACACGUUGGUCAAGCUGCAGCUGGUCGUCCUGUCCGGCCGUGCUGUCAACACCGCCCUGGUGGAUGGCAGCAGCGGGCUGGUUCCGUCGUCCCUCCACUCCAGCAGCACCCAGUGGACCCCCAGCGCAGGCCAGUACAAGGACUUGCUAACCAUUCUGAGCCAGCCCGAGAUGAGCCUGAUCAAUCAGUACUGCCAGGAUUACUGGCAGUUCGGAGAUCCCCUGCUGGGAGCGCUCAAGGCCAAAGACCUGAAGGAGCUCAAGGAGCAGAAGAAACCCCGCAACCGUCGACAUCACAGGGAGCAAGAGGAGGAGGAGGAAGAGGAGCAGCAGCAGCAGGGAGUAGAGACAUGAGGAAACUGACUUUGUGUUUGAAAUAUCUUCAACACAACCUUCCCCCACCUUCCUCCAACCACCAUGAAAACUGGGAAAGACUCAAUGAGAAUAGCAGCUUCAAAGAAAAAAUCUGCAAACUGAAUGGAAAAGGCUUCCACACCAAACCCCUCACACACUCCCUCAAACAGUAAGGUAUAUGAUACACAGUAUUUAUUGUAGGUUGUAAAUAGUAUCAUUCUGUGGAUUUCUUUGUACUUACAGAAAAAAAGACAUGCUCUUUGUGUAUAGGUACCAUUGGGGGCAAAUAUUGUUAUUGUUGUUGAUUUCAAUGUUGCUGUUACUGUCAUUAGGAAACUUAUUUGUCAGCAUCGUGUGAACUUUGACAACCUUCCGGAACGUGUUAUGGAGCGUGAGCUGUUCAGACUCAAAGCAGACUACAACAAAGUGUCUGUGUGAGAUGAGUUGCUGAGAACAGGUGACGGGAGCCUUUUUUUUAUUGUUAUUAUAAUUUCUGGACACUCCAGGAGAGCCUGUGAUGUAGCCUCCCUGCGGCUGCAUACAGACAGAGACUUCAUGUUGGAAGAGGACCAUUGGAAUUAGGUCCUGAUUAUUAUGGGGAAACACUCCUGUUUCAGUGGGAAUCUUUGUGUUUUUUUUCUGUCAUGUAUGCGUAGAUUGGAGGACUGAUUGUAAAACGAUGUGUUUCGUUACUCCAUCCCAGGCCAGCUACUAAUUGGGAUCCAGGAGAUAAAAAAAAAUAAUAAUUAGGUUUGCUUCCAAAAAGUAUGAAACACUCUUCUAUUGUGUGGUGCCUUUUACAAGUGUUCACAUUGCUUGAACUUUUUCACAUUACUUAAAAACGACAACUGCAGACUUGAAUGCAUUUUAUUGGGAUUUGAUGUGAUAGGCCAGCAUAACUGUUGCAUAAUUACAGAGUGGAUAAAAACGAUACAUGUUUUUUUAAGUAUUUUACAAAUAUAAAAGUGUGGCAUGCAUUUAUGUUCAUCCUAUAUGAGUCAAAACUUUGUAAAUCUCUUUUUCUGCAAUUGCAAUUACUAGACUUUGAGGAUUAGUUAUGUAUUGACAUACUGAACUUUUGCUUAUUCUUUGCAAAAUACGUUACACUUUGUUAAAAUAGAUGGAGAGCAUCUGUGAACCACAAUUUAAGUCUUGCCACAGAUUUUCAAUUUCAUUUAAGUCUGGACUUUGAUUUGACCAUUUUACAGAUGAAUAUGGUUUGCUCUAAAUCAUUUCACAGUAGCUUGACUGUGGCUCAGUGGGAAGAGCAGUCGUCUUGGAAUCCGGAAGACCUCUGAAGAUAUUUGCACUCAAUUUUAUUUAGGGGUAUCAGAUUAAAAGUCCUGAACUCAUAUGCAUCAAAUCCUUCCACAUCACAAGCAUGCAGUGCUUUGUGUUGGUCUGCCACAAAAUAUUUUGAUAAAAUAUAACAAAGUUUGUAGUUAUAAGGCAAAGAAAAAGUUCAAGCUGUUAUUACACUUUUGCGGGGGACUGUACCCAAUCUGCUGCUCUACAUUCAGACACACGAAUUGUCUAUAUCUGUAAAAAUGAGCAUUAACUUUAAACACAGACCUCUUUUGAACUGAUGUUGAGGUGUACAAGCUAUAAACAUUUGCACACAAGGGCAUUAUUAAGUUUUAUUUUUCAAAGGACAUUGGCAGGGGCCAAUAAACAACAAGCACACUUGGGCCAGAUAAGGUGGAAGAACAAAACGGGUGUGCAGUGAAAGUCGUUCCAGUCAGGCAGCAAUUGUUUGCAGUCAGCAGUUCUGAGUACAAAAUACAUUUUUCCAUUUUUUCUUUUAUUUCCUCUCGAGACUGUCCAUAUGUGGAAAAAAAUACCCAUAUACACAACAGAGCUUUGUAAAAAAAUAUUGUGACACCAAACAAAGCGUCCAGAAGCUGGCUUUCAUUGUGUGCAUGAACCUGUUUUUGUACUGUAAUUCCAAUAAGGUAGCGCGUGGUAGGUCUGUGUUUGUUUUUCAUCUCUGUGGGUGUACAGUGUGAUUGUUCUCUCAAUACAAAAACCAGGAGAAACAAAUGCUUUAACGUGUUAGGAUUUUAAAAUGUCUCCAAAUAUAAAGGGUGAUGCAACUUUUCAAUAA